GGCAGGAGGCGAGAACUUGGAACGCAAAAUCGUUAAAAACAAUUAUUCAAGUUGUUAAAAUCAAACGUGAAAUGCCAGCAGCCAGACGCUCGGGAGGCGGGAAGGCUGGGGCUGAGCUGGGCCGGUGCCCGGGCCCUCAGCCCCUCCCCACCUCCCAGGUCAGGGCGCUCCCUACACGCCCUCCGGGCCCAGCCAGGGUCGACCUUCCGCAGUCGCCCGGCUCAGGAGGUCAUCCACCCUCGGGCCUUUUCCUUUUCCCGGCCACCUCCGCGCCGAUUCCUCCGGCCGCCCGCCGGAAGCGCGCGUCGAUCGGCGCCGCGCGGGGCGAACCGGGAGUUGUAGUGUCUCUCUCUUCCCCCCCUCCUCCCCGGAGCGGGGCGACGAGAGGGAACACGGGGCCUCUGCUCCCUGGGUCCGCUCGGGGAGGGACGGGAGCGGCGGACUACAAGUCCCAGCAGGCGCCGCAGUCGGCCCGAGUCUGCUGGCCCGGAGCGACAUGAAUGGAGUAACGGGCUCGAGGUGAGAAGCUCGGCCCGCGCGGCCCGCUAGUCCGCCCGGUGGCCGCGCGCCCCUCCCCCACGGCUGGGGGGGGGGCCUUCGUGCGCCUGCGCGUGCGCGUGCGCGACGGCGUGAGCGUGGGAGCCGUUGAGGCCGUUGCGGCGCGGCGGCGGCGGCGGAGGUGGCGGCCGGCGGGCCCGGGCGGCGGCAUGCCGCGGGACAACAUGGCCACGCUCAUCCAGCGCAUCGCCCGCCAGGCGCGGCUAACCUUCUGCCGCGGCGGAGGCGGGGGCGGCGCGCCCGAGGCCGGCUUCCCCGAGAACCUGCAGCAGCUGCAACAGCUGCUGAGCCAGCUCCGCGCCGAAGACCUGAACAUCAGCCCGCGGCGCACCGCGCUGCCCUCGCCGCCGGCCCGGCCGCCCCACCUGCCUCCAGUCACCUACAUGCACAUCUGCGAGACGCCCGACUUCAGCCUGGGCGUGUUUCUACUCAAGAGCGGUACGUCCAUCCCGCUGCACGACCACCCCGGCAUGCACGGCGUGCUCAAGGUGCUCUACGGCACGCUGCGCAUCAGCUGCCUGGACCCGCUGCCCCCCGGGGCGCCGGGAGAGCCCAGCGCGCCGGGGGAGGGGCCGCCGCCCCCGCCGUCUGCCCCGCCGCGCUUCGAGCCGCCGCUGCGCCCCGGCCAGCGCGCCGUCGUGCGGCGGGCGCUGUUGCGCUCCCGCGCCGAGUACACCGAGGCCAGCGCGCCCUGCCUGCUCAGCCCGCAGCGCGACAACCUGCACCAGAUCGACGCCGUGGACGGGCCCGCCGCCUUCCUCGACAUCCUCGCUCCGCCCUACGACCCCGACGACGGCCGCGACUGCCACUACUACCGGCUGCUGGAGCCCGCCGCGCCUGCCUGCGCCGGCGCUCCCGGGCCCGGGCCCGCACCCGCUCCCGGCCCGGCCGCGCCUCCGCCCGUGCCCCGGGAAGUGUGGCUCCUGGAAACGCCCCAGGCCGCCGACUUCUGGUGCGAAGGCGAGCCCUACCCGGGCCCCCGGGUCACGCCGUGAGCCGCCCGCCCCGGCGCAGCGUCCGCGCGCCCGCCCCUCGCAAGCCAUGUGCCCCGCUGUCCCUCCUCCGCGGGCCGCGGGGUCCGAUAACCUAGGUGCCAGUAAAUCCGUUGCGGAAGCAGCCUCCUUUUUUUCCUUUUCGUUCAACGGGACGGGGAGCAGCCCGCUCUCGGCCGCGGGGUGCCGAGGGGUGGGCGGCGCGCGUCCGUCCCCCUGGCCCCGCCGCGUCUCUUAGGCUCCCGGGCGACUGAAUGUAGUUCUCGGCCUCCCCCUCCCCCCCACGCCGGAGCCGGGGGGGGGUGGGGGCCGGGGCCGGGCUCCGGGAGAGGGCCCCGGGCGGGGAGCGCCGGGCCGCGCCGGGGCCUCUGGGCUCGGGGGAUUUUUUUUAAACUGGGCUACUGAGCAGCUUCUUUGUUAUUCCGAUGUCGGAGACGUAGCUCGGGGCGUCUGGAGCCCUGUUGUUUCUCUCUUUAUACUAUUUAUAGAGUUUACUUUUUCAUAAAACUUUUAAUAAAAACGAGUUGUAGAAAUAAACUCCUUACAAACCUGCCCGGCUGUCGUGUAAGCAGUCUUGAUUGACUUGCCCACGUGGGGAUGUGCGAGUUCCAGCCUUGCUAAUAGGGGAAAUAUUUUGUAGUGGGUGAAAGCUGGUGUUCAUCCUGCAGGGAAACUCUGUGCCUAUACCUCCCUAUGCAUACCGGCUCACCCAGGCCCAAGUGCGGGGUCCCGAUUCCAAAGGGAUCCCCUUAUUUCUUACCUUUUAAUGCCUGCUGAACUUGGCGGCAUGCUACUGCUCUGGGACUCGGACACAUCCCCACGUCUUCUUUCCCAUGAGGACUAACUGUGGCGGGGGAGCUCACGUUGUGUUCAGAUCUUUUUUAUUGUAGUCUGAUACCCUAGUGUGUGAUUUAGGACACCUUUCGACCAUUCGGGGCAGCUCUUUACUUAGCUCAGAAAGCUCAACUAUUAAGUACAAUAACUGCUAUAUAUGCAACUCAAUUUACUUAACAGAAGCAUUAACAUAACAAAAACGUGUUCAUUUGGUAUUUUUUGGGCACAGUGAUGAAUGUAUUAUGGUAUGAUGAUGGCAUACCUCCUUUUGGAAAUACAUUGUAGAACAGAAGCCAUUAACUUAGACAAAGUGUUACUCGUAAUUUAUGUCACGUUUUACGGUAAUUCAACUGAUUGUUUAAAAGUGACUUUCGCUAACAACUUCUGCUGUGGGACUGUUGUGACGGCUGGGUUCUGCCUUAUUCUUCAGAAUUCCAUUCAGUAAAUGAAUAAUAAGGUUUUUUGACAAGCAGCAGCUUUUGGAAAGGCUUGAGUGUUUUCCCUAAAAUUGCCAUUGGCCAGAAAAGGAUGAGUAUUGCUUGUUUUGGGUUUUUGGUGGAUGAUUGUUCUAUGAGAUGGACACGGCUUGCCCUUGGUCCUCUAGAGCAGUGAGUGCUUCAGGUGUGGUCAGCAGCAAUGACAACCAAAUGUACCUUUCUAGAGCUUCCUGGGACUGAGCAGGCCACUGAGGAAGAGAAUCCUUCCUUCACUGAAGACUUGAGGGCCAAAGGAUUGGGCUGACACCUUGAGGCACUGAACUGACUCCAGAUGCUGCUAAUUCGUGCUCCCUCCAACCACAUGGACCGUUUUAACAACCAGACAGAAGCUUAAAUGUGGUAUCGUGGACAACACCUACCCCUCAGAAGACAGGGUGUUUCUUGUUCAUUAAAACAUAAGGGACAAUGAGCACACAGAAAUGAAUCGUUAAAACUUUUUUCUGUUUAAUACAAAAAUGCAAUAAUUUCCUCUUACGGGUGAGAAGUAUUCAAUAUAAAUGUUUCAAAAGUUCUUCCUCUUGAGUGAAAGAGCAUAUGUAUACUUAAUCUUUUGCAAGAACUGUCUUUAAUAAGCAUGCUUUGCAUGGAUUAAAAUGUGCCUGAGUUGCUAUUUGUUCAUGAAAGUGCAGUAUAUUCAAGUAGCAUGAAUGUUCUCUGUAGAGUGGAUUCCUUGAACUUUGAUAUUAACAGUUGUAACUUCCUUGAGUCCACCUGUUUGAUCUCUUUGACAUUCAUUUUCCUUAAAACUGCUUCAGCCAUGUCAGUACUUGCUGAUCCAUUCCUCUUGGUUCUGUGACAUGUUGUGCUAGUUCUACUGCCCAGAAAAGAAGCAAUAUUUUAUUUAAUUUAGAACAUUUUAGCCUCCAAUGUUCCACUGUGAUCACACAGUGGAAGCUGAUGCUACUCCACUUUAAUGAUCUAGGAAUGAGAGCUUGGAGAUUCCAACCAUUUCAAGAGUAGGUGACAAUUAGGAUAGAGUGAUUGAUUAUUUACAAUACACUGAAGCAUCUGGUAUCAAACACAAACUGCUGAGUCCAUCCUAGAUUCUACUGCUUCUAAUGGGACUGUUUGGAGUUUCUGGAUUUAAGUGUUAGAAUAAAUACUCACCAUAUCUUUUGGCAAAUAGAGAUGUAAAAUGUUUGACUUGUACAUUUUAAUUGCUUAUUAAAGAAUGCUUAGACCAAGGGUUCUUAACCUUUUCUUUUCCUGUCUUGGACUCCACACAAUAAUGUUUUUGAAUGCAUAAGAUAGAUAAUGUUAUGACCAAAAAAAAAAAAAAAAAAAAAACGUGAUCAGUUGACAAAAUUUUUUUUAAAGUUCAGGGAUACCAGGUUAAGAACCCUUAGCAUAGAACAUAACUUCAUGUGGGAAAACCAUUUCCCUGCCCAAAUAACAUCAGCUUCCAUAAAACCCAUCAGACAAAUCCUUCAAACUCUAGCUUUAAGAUAUCAGAUGAAAACCAGCUUAGACUGCAAUUUAAAAGCACAAUUAUUUGCCUCAACAGAUGAGACUUCUUUUUUUUCUUUCUAUUUAACAAGAAAUCUGUGUAUCAUUGAAGAAAGAAAAUGACUUAAGUUUCUUUCCUUCUCUCAUUUUGCGCCGUACUCCUCCUGAGACCAGGCUGGCUCUUUGCAUCUCCCGCAGCAUAGUGCUUCCUGCUGACCAGCUUUCCCACUCCCUCCCCCCAUCUCCCUUAAAAUGGCCAUCAGCUGGCAUGCCAGUGUGAAUAUUUACAUGCCAGUUUAAUUUCUUCCCUUUUCCCCAGCUGUUGGGAUGCUGAAAUAAAGGAGCAUACUGGUUUCAACUCUUCAAA